GUUUAAGUGUUUUAGUUAGAAAAGUACUUACAACUUAUACUCUUCUAUUAGAGUAUAUCACGUUUAAAAAUCAUGAGCCACAUUUUAAGACCAAACUGAUAGACUGCAGACAGCAACACGACGUAUAUAAACCCCGGAAGACUUUGACAGACAGUACUGAACUGUUUUAACAUUUGUGUUAGCAAAAUGUUCGAGAAAUUCCUUUGUUUGUGUCUGCUAAUUGGCGCUUUUGCCGUGUUCAACGAAUUGCCCAGCGCCAGUGCACUACCACCAGUAGCUGAAGAUAAAGAGGCAGAUGCGACUGAGGAGCCUGCAGAUGAACCUACAGAUGAAUCUACAGAUGAACCUACAGAUGAACCUACAGAUGAACCUACAGAUGAACGUUCAGAUGAACCUACAUAUGAAGAGCUGCCACAAGCACUUGUCUUAGCUGCUGAAGAAGAUUUACAAGAAGAUGAGGAAACGCUAUCUGAAUAAUGGAGAUGCUUUGUGGCCAAAGUAGUUAUAUGAAAAGUGGACCUUCAAGUUUAUAAGUAGGGGAGUAGUAUGCUGCUUUACAUAUCUAAAAUAAAUAAAAUUUGACAAAUAUAUUUUUUAUAAAACUGUAAAGCUUGAACCCAAAUACAUAAUAUCAAUACCCGCUCAAAU